AUGCUUUCCGAUGUUGUGUAUCGCAAGACCACGAAUUGGGCUUAUGGUUCAGCCGAUGUUAAAGCUGCGAGCUUCACCAUCAUCCCAUAUGUGAUUAGUGUUAUCGUAUUGAUUAUCGCGUUACAAGGCACAACAAAGGUUGAUGUACUGAAUAAAGCUCGCUUAGGACAUCUAGUCAAGAAUCAAAUUGUACAUCGAUCCCUCUCUUGUUUUAUUACGGCAAGUUUCUACAUCGCUGUUUUAUUGUGAGUUUUUUUUGUUGUGAAAUUAUGAUCCAGAACUCUAAUUAAAGGAACAUCGAAACAAUCGUCGAUUCUCAAAAAAUCUCCGGCAUCAUUUUCACAAUCCUCCAAUUUGUCAACACAUUUUCCUACUUUGCAACGGUUUUCGAAAGAUACUGUUGUCUGGUUCGUCGAUAUUAUCAUCCAUAUCUCAUUAAUAAUCAACUUCUUUUGAAAUAUCUUGGGUUUGGUUGGGGAUUUUCGAUCGUCUACACGUUGUUCUUCAGUUUUCUAUGUAAGUUUCCUUCCACCUAGCAACAAAAUGUUCUUAUUUCAGUCGAAUGCGAUUCCCAAUUCUACCACUAUGGCUGGAUUUUGACUGAUAUCCCAAACACUACAUGCCCUAAAGUCUAUUUCACCCCAUUCCAUUGGAUUCAUUUCAUUGUUGGCUUCAUUGCAUUCAUCAUGAUUUCUGAUAUUUUCAUCGCGAUUAAUUUCAAAAAUGUAGGCUUGAUAAGUGAUCAGAAUUUUUAUUACCCAAUUUUUCCAGGCUUUUCUGGCAAACACCAGCUUGGUGAAUCGUAGACGCGAAACAAAUCAAGCCAAACUUGUCGCCAUCCAAGGUCUAGUUUUGAUGAUUUACGGAUUGUUCUAUCUGCUUGCCAAGCGAUUUUUCCCCGAUGAAUCGCUUGAGGAAUGGGCAAUUUUUUGGACCUUCACGUUUUCCUACAGUCUCUUUCACCUUGUCGACAGGUUGGUACAUAAAUAUAGAUUUUAUUGUGAGAAACAAUUUUAUUCCAGCGUCAUCUUGUUUUUCUAUAAAAGUGAUCUUAUCAAUAAGACAACAAUUUUAACUCCUGUAAACUCGGUGAGCAGGAAUUAUUGA